GCAACGAUCAUCGAGUUGAAAGUGUCGCGAGAAAUCACCGGGCAGGACCUUUAUGAUCUGGCAGGAAGUUCUUUCCCGCCCGGCACUGUGUUCAAGCUGUUGCUCGAGGAGAAGCUGCUGCAGAGGGACUCGGAUCAGCCGCUGAAAUGCGCGCCGUCUCCCGUGGUGUUGAAUUUCACCACCGGCGUGGCUCUCAGGUCCAACUCCUUUUUGGUUGGCGUGGUCACGGAUCUGAAGCUGAUUCACUGUUCCUCGAUGGAGGCCGGUCGCGGCGGUGGUUUGUGCAACUUGGUCCGUCGGGGUCGUCACAAGUUGGCUCACGCCGUAUUGCUUAGCAGCACAGCGACGGUUCGGGAGGAGUUGACCGGUGACGCAGAGCUACUGUCCUGGGUGGCCUACACUUCGGGUGGAGCACGGCAAGGGAGCCGUCCGGACGGACGGCCCGUGCCCGGUGCGCUGCGAUUGCUGUGGGAGAUGAUCCUACGACAACCGCAACAGGUUCGCCGAUGUGAUCCACAGACAGGGAAGCUGCCCUUGCACGACGCAGCCUGGGGGAUGGCGCCCUUCGAAGUAGCGGUGAUGUUGGCAGCUGCCUUUCCAGCCUCGGUUCAGGACCGGAAGAACCGAGGGUGCGAGUCUCCGCAUGACGUGGGGCGCUACGUGCAUCCCGGCUUCGCGUGGCCGUGCUCGGAGCAACUGAUGGUGCCAAGGGGCAGAACGGGGUACUUGGAGGCCCGCGCCACACGCCUACGGAGCGCCGGACAACUCAUGGGAAGGCUGCGGAGCUUGCUGCCGCAACGCCAGGUGGGACUUCAAGGAUGCAUUGAUGGAGGACUGAAACUGGGCCUGCGCGCGAGUUUCCUCAUCGCAUCCUGCCUCACCGACUGCCAGGAGCUGAUCCAUUGGGGUUUGAUCCCCGCAACGGUCUUGACGCUCACCUCUUCUCAAGUGCCGACCCUCAUGGUGCAGCCAGUGCCGAAGAUGCACUCAGAGGCAGUUCCCAGUGUUGGACGUCAAGAGCCACAUGUUCCUUCACGUCUCCGACGUGUCGCUGAGAGACGAAGGAGGGAUCCCCAGCUCACGGACUGUGCGGCGGUCAAUCACCUCCGGGAAAACUUCGUGAGAGACGGCGGUGUCUACGGUGGAGCGCACCGUGUGGGGUGGCCCGGGUCGGAUCGUCCCACUAAACAUCGGGUAGUGUUCGUGAGGUGA